UAUUCAAGUACUUCAUUUUUUAUAUAUAUAAAGUUAAACCCACAAUUAAAGAUAUUGUGAAAUACAAUUCUAAAACAUGAAUACCGCAUUGGUUUUGACUCUUUUGUUUUGCGUCGGUCUUACCGUCAACGCCAAAACAGCUAAUAUGCCAGAGAAACCUACCCAUCAUCCCCCCACCCCUGAGCCCGAGCCUGACCCAGAGGAGUUUCAGUGCGAUGCUUGCAUAACGUUUGCAACUGUUAUCGAUGAGUUGGUCGAAGAGAGAUUACCAUUGGACGAAGUUGAAAGAGAUGCCAGCUUAAUAUGCCGCAUAUUACCAGGUACCUUAGGAGAAUUUUGCGAACAACACUUACUUCCAAAAGUUGACAAAAUCUACGAAGAAUGCCACAAGCAUGAACCUCAAGAUGUAUGUGAUCGUUUGGACUUCUGUUAGAGAGACAUUAAAAAAAAUGUUAGAAUACUGUACAUACAUAUAUUUAAAAAAGUGUAAAAUAAAUUUUUAAAUCAAAUCGA